GUAUUGGAAUUUUGAUUUUGGCUUGGGUCAUAUUCCCAGAGUUGUGGGAUUGAGCCCUACAUGGGGCUCUGUGCUGAUCAUGGAGCCUGCUUAAGAUUUUCUCUCUCUUUCUCUCUCUCUCUUCUUCUCUCUCUCUACUUCUGUCUCUCUCUCUCCCUCCCUCCACCCCUCUGCCCCUUCCCCCUCUUGUGAACUCUCUCUGUAAAAUAAGUUAAAAAAAAAAAAGACAACAGCUAUAUCCUUUCCUUGACACAUCAAACAUGAUCCUCUUCUUGAACCUCUUAAUACUGACCAUCAAUUGCCUGUAACAUCAAAAUCCUCACUUUCUAACACUUAACAAGAUAAUGGAUGUCCUAUCCUCUUGUGUGUUUUUUAGUUAUCCUCCCAGUACAGGUGAUGUAGUUUAUGGAGUUAUUCUGACCUAAUCACUCUCUUAUAGUGCAUGCAGUAUACAUAAAGAUUCAUUUACUUAAGGAUAGAUGCCAGAUUUUUGUCUUUUUUAAAGUUUAUUUAUUUAUUUUGAGAGAGAGAGCAUACACAUACGUGCACUCAAGCGGGAGAGAGGCAGAGGGGAGAGAAUCCUAAGCAGGCUCUGUGCUGACAGCACAGAGUCUGACAUGGGGCUUGAACUCACAAACCGUAAGAUCAUGACCUGAGCCAAAAUCAAGAGUCAGAUGCUUAGCUGACUGAGCCACCCAGGCACCACACCAGAUUGUUGUCUUACUGAGAGAACUGAGCCAUCAGGUUAUAGGGAAUAGAGCCUGAAAGUCUAUACUGCCCAUGACGUUGGCACCUCUAGGCCCAGAUUCCGCAGGUCAUACAGAGACAACCAGAGACCUUCAUCUGAAACACUGAAUCACAUGAGCUUCUCCUAGACAAAUAAAGGCCUGUGAUGCUCUGCAUGCCUUUUGAAAUAGGAGAGCUUUGUGAUGUAGUCUGGUGAUCUGGUUCCAUCUUCUGUGAGGCAGAGAUGACAAGGUCUAGAAUUUGGGGGCAUUAGGUGCCAAGUUCUUGAAAGUCUAGGAAGAGAGAUGGCUCGUCAGGUUUAGAUUAUGUUGAGCCCUACCUUUAUUCUGUGGGAUGUUGGAUAUCCCUUAUAUGCUUAUGGCUCCAUUAUUAUUAUUGCAUUAAUUAUUUGGCAAGUGAAAAAGAGCCACCAAGAAUUUAGGUUGGGACCUAACAGGAGCUGUUGCCGGCGUCACCGGAGAGUCAAACAAAGAGCUAAAGAUAGAACAUCAAGAGCUAGGAGACUUUCCUGGGAAGAAGCUGAGAAGCCAUGGGAGCUGCUCUCUGUCAUGAAAAGCCAGGGCUGGCUUCCUAAGGAGGGAAGUGUUCGGCGGCUCCUGUGUGCAGAUCCUUCCUGCCCCAUUUGCAAUGCUGUGGCUCUGGAGAUUCAGCAGUUGCUGGCGGAUGUUCCCUGGGAUGCAGGAGCUCUGUCUUCUUCAAACCUUGAGGAGCCUAGGACUCCUGUGAUUCAGCAGGACAAGAGGAAGAGCCACUCCGAAGGUGUACUAAAAAAACAAGAAGCUGCAGAAACUUGCUUGGGAAAUAAGAUGAAGCUCUUUCCACACUGGAUUAACCCCGAGGUGAAAGGUCAAGGGCAUAAGGAAUCCAUUCUCUCUAAGGAUGAGACAGUGGCUAAAACCAUGACAAAAAAGGUUGAGAAGAGUCCACCCUCCACCAAACACCCUGUGAGAGGAGCCAAGUGGGAGAAAAAAACAGAAGAGGAGGGCAUAACCUUCUUUGAUGUCCCCCAGUCUCAGGACAAUGAACUCAAGCAACAACCCCUUCAGUCCAGAUGCUCUUGGCUCCUGGGCCUUCCCCACAACAACUCCAAGCACUGUCCUCAGCUGACUGGUGACACUCAACCAGAACAUCCACCCCAAAUCUCAGCUCUUACCUCAGCAGAAGGUACUGGUCUAUACAAAGAGAAUACCCAAUCCAGGAAAACGGAGUUCAUAGGUUCCCAGUCCUCUGCAUUCCCAUGAAAAAAGGUUGUCAUCAUCAUUUCUGUUAAUGUGCAGGUGAAGCAGGACCCUCUCCAAAUAUACUCUAUACCUCUAAGCAAAGAA